AUGCGAGCUGAUCUUACAUGGGUAUACAGCUACUGCCGGCGGAAUGAUAUCCGGAAGAAGCUUAAGGCUUGGGACGACAGACGGCAAGCAACCUCGCAAGCCCGCUUUUCACUUUCAAGCUUGCGACGUUGCUGCUUUUCCGCUAUUGAUAAGGCCCUUCUCCGCUUCAUCCUUACCGGCAACACCAGCUUUUGGAGCCGACCUGAGGUGGCCUACCGCGUAGGAUUCGGAACUGCACCUUGGCGCUGCGUCGACCGAUGCCAGGCCAUCUAUUUCAGCUCAGUAGGAGAAUGCAUGCCUGAUUGCACUACCAACAUUUUCUGUACGCCUGGAGGUACCCCUGCCAGUGACACUAGCACCCCCUGCUGUGCACUCAACCUGUGUGACCAGUCGUACACACUCUGGGUAGGGCAGCAGCAGCAAAACUUGAGCAGAUCUUGGUGCACCACCUAUCCAGCCUGGGCCGGCUCAACGCCACGACCAAGUGUGUGCGAGUUCAAUGUGUACUCUGCACGAGGGGUUGAUCCACCUCUCGGAGCUGACGACCCCUUCCUGGCAGUGUCAUGCAAGCGGGUCGAAAAUGUAGCGACCUUCCACGUGAAUGGCACAGCAUAUCGCAAUGAUACUGUCAGGCGUAUCAUGUACUACAAUGCCAUCAAGAGGAGGAAUGCAACAGCCAAUGUUGUAAACCGAGUGUAG